ACUAUAAAACAUAUGGAAUCACUGUGUACUCAGACAAUGAACGUGUCACAGCAAGAGAAUUUGAAGGGGUGUAUCUGAGUUGUAAGCACAAUGUAAAGAAGGAAAUUGGUGCAAGGGUUGAAUGGAAAAUGAUUAAAGGCUCCACUCUCUCAUUUGUCUACUUGAGAGGUGCCUUUGUAGGUAAUUUUAAAGAUCGUGCUGAAAUAUUGCACUCAGGCAUUCAUAUUAAAAAUGUGACCAGAAAGGAUUCUGCAAAAUAUCGCUGUGAAAUUAGUGCACCUACAGAACAAGGACAAGGCACAGGGGAAGUUGAAAUCUCUCUCUUAGUCUUGGUGCCACCAUCUGCUCCUGCUUGUGAAGUGCCUAUCUCAGCUCUGAGUGGGACAGUGGUAGAAUUGCGAUGCAAAGAAAGUGAAGGUGUUCCAGCUUCAAAAUACAGAUGGUAUCGGAAUGGUGCUGUUCUGCCUGAGAACACAUUUUUUUGGAGGUUCAGAAAAGAAAAAAAUUCUUAUACUUUGAAUACUACAACAGGAACCUUGCUGUUCAAUCCUGUUUCAAAGAAUGACACUGGGGAAUACUACUGUGAAGCUUAUAAUAGAGUUGGACGGGCUCGAAGAUGUCCUGUGAAGAGGAUGCAAGUGGAUGACCUUAAUGUAAGUGCUAUCAUAGCUUCGGUGGUCAUUGUGGCCUUAAUAAUAGCUUCCUGUGGUCUUGGGGUAUAUUAUGCACAGAAGAAGGGUUAUUUUUUAAAAAGAAAUUCUUCAAUGAACAAUAGUUCAAAGUACAGAGCUACAGAAAGUGGAAAAGAUUUCAAGCACACCAAGUCCUUUAUUAUUUAAAAGAAGGUCGAUUUCUGAGGAUCAGAAUUUGCUGCAGAAGAUAUCAAAGGGAUGUUUGAACUCUUCUAUAAAAACAAUGUUAGGAGCAACAAGAAGAAACAACUGGUGGCAGUUUUCAAGAUUCUAUUGCUAAAAGGUGGUAAAAGCUGUCAAAAAUGUUAGUCUGAUGUUGCUUGUUUACUAAAGGAGUGCAAAUAAUUGGCAGAAUAUAAGUAUUGCUGUUUCACAUGCCUAUAUGUAAAAAAAUAGUGAACUAAUGAUGUAGUUCUGAUUAUUAGAUCUUAAAAAGGGUACUGUUGAGUAGAAAAAUGUGUGUAAAAGAGCAAACAAAUUUAUGAAGGCAUCAAAAGGUAUCCUAAAUAGGAACAGUGUUUUGAGACUUAAAGAAUUAAAUAGGAAAUCACUGGGACCAUGACCAGGCUUUAUAAAUUAUGUAAUCUAUGAAGAUUAUGACAGAUUGGUGUUUUCUCACUGACAGCAUUAGCUCCCAUGGCCUUUUGGUGAAAUAUGGAUGAAAAUAUCCUAUGCAGAAAAAAAAAUAUGAUUCACAUUAAUUUUUGGGAUUUUUGCUAACUACUAUUGGCUUGGAUGGCAUGGAAUGAGAAUUAGACAAUUUCAUUUAAGACAAGACUAAAAUGGCUACCAGUUGUGAUAAGCAAAUACUAUUUCCCAUUUUUUACCGAGUAUUAGUUUGUGAAGACAAACUAUAGGAGAAGGCUACCUCUUCUCUCUAAGGUUGAUAGAAGCAUUAGGCGCUAAAAUCAGAAACUGGAUUACAUAGCACUUUGGCCUAAUUAAGAGGGCUAAUUACAAAGCCACUUUUCUGAAACGAAUUGUGACUGGAGUAGCCUUAAACAAUUAUCCAUAUUAUUCCAAAACAGAGUUUGGGCUUUGGCAUUCAUGGAGGACUUCCUCUUUCUCUAGAGUUUGACCACUAAAACUGCUGCUAUCAUUGCCAAGAAAGGAAAACAACUGCAAUCAGUCUGUCUCAAUUUAUAAUAACCAGAUUUCAUGAAACAGAAACAUUUCUAACAAAUUGGUUUGAAAAUUACUGUCAAUUUGUAUCAUUAAUUUGGAUUUGAGGGUAAAUGUUUUGUUGCUGUUGUAGGGCUAGGAUCAAGACAACAACUGUUAUUGUAGUGAUAAAAAAUAUGUGCUCUUAGUCUGAAACUUUAUUCAAAAGUUUAUGUGUGUAAUCUACUGCAGAAAUGAAUGGAGCUGACAACCUCUCAAUGACAAAGAACUGCACUUUUCUAUUUGUAUGACUGGACUUUGAAAGGGGAUUUGUCAUUGAAAUAAACGAAGCCUAAAUAUGGCAUUAUUUUAGUUGUUUUCCACUAAACACAGAAAAAAGAUUGCCAUGCAAUUCAAUGGUAUGAUUUUGUGUGUGCUAAAAAUAUAAAGAAUUACCUGAGGAUACCCUCCUUCCCAACCCAAGUGACAAAAGAUACCAAUUCACUCAGUCCAUUAUUUGAAGUUGAGGUUUUUCUUGCAGUAAAAAUAUUAUUUAAAAGCAUUUUGCUUUAAGUAUUUUUAAGGAUUUUGAUGGCUUCCAAUUAUAUAUUUAAUAUUGAAAUUAUGGUAAAUGGUUCUUUACCACCAUUUAUACUUUUAUUUUAUUUUAAUUUUAUUAUUUAAUAGUCUAGGAGGGAUAUAUAGAUGUAUGUACGUACGUACGUAUAGUUUUUAUAUGAUACUCGGGUGUCUGUAUCUCCAACUGUUAAACAAUGCAAUAGAUUUCAGAGUAUUUUGCACAUACCCCACAAUCUUUAAUUUGAAAGUAAAACACGGCCAUCUAACAAAGCAAUGCAUCAUUUAGUACUACCAGUGUUUUGCUAGAAUAAAAGAGAAUGUUCAAUUUUUAAAAUACUAGGAACAUUGUGAUUUUUCAGUCACAAAUAAAAUCAGUAGCCUAGAUCUGAAUUUAAUCAUAUUUAUAACAAAUGUAAAAAAAAAAUUAUAAGCAUACACUUAAAUCACAAACUGCAUUUUGACAAUUCUCUUUUAUAUUAAAAAUCCUAGAAAUAUCUAAUUUGGCAGUCAUAUAAUUUAUAAAAAUAAAUAUGUGAUACUUCACAGUUCUCAAAAUGAAGUCAACAUUUAAAGGGGGGAAAUCAUUUACUGUUCUUUUAAGAUUUAAAAAAAUAUGUACUCCUUUAUUAAAUUGGUAAUAAAGAAUAUUCAGUUUUAAUAU